AUGGUGCAUCCGGACAACAUUGUCGCCGAUGAGUUAGAAGUUCUGGAAGAGGUCAACGUUGAUAACGGGCCUAAAGAGCCGGUUAACAAUGUUAAAACCAUUACCGUUGCGGUGGAUCUACACGGGCAUCCAAUUGCGUGUAGGUUGUCUCGCGAAGAGAAGGAUGUUAUUUCAGAAUUAUCGACGAUCAAAGUGUCGCCGAGAAACAUACUUGCCGAUUUGAAGCGAAAAAACCCGGAGAGUGUUUCAAAUAUCAAGCAGAAAGAAGAUAACUUUACAUGGGCGUUGGGAAUAUGUAAGUCUUUGUUGGUUGAUCAAAAGAAUCUGCCUAGUCUCAGUGUUACCAACCGAGAUAAUGCUUUGAUGAAUACGGUCGCUACCUUCUUCCCGACAUUGAUCGCAUUACUUUGUCGGUAUCACAUAACGUGCAAUGUGAGAAGUAAGCUCAAAGUUGCAGUUGGCACGAAAGAGAGAAAGGAUGACAACGGAAACAUCAUCAAAGCUGGUGUUGUGGUGGACAAGAUUAUGGCCGUAUGGAGGGAGAUUUUAGAUGCACAUUCCGAAGAGUUGUAUACCGAGAAAGUGGUACAAUUCUUGAAAAAGAAAAAAUGGUUGGGUGAUAGCAAGGGGGAUUUGUGUAGGGGAUGGGACACUGUGAACCAAAUGCUCCAAAAUCAACAUAAUGAAAUUCAAUCAUCAUUUGAUCGGAGCAAGACAGUUGUGGGACACCGGUUUAAGGGAAAAAAUCUCUACUUGCAAUUGAUUCACAACAUAUCUCGUGCCGGAUUGAGUUGUGUUUUUCAUGAAGUGAAGCGGGCGGAAACGACCGGUUUGGAUAGUUCAAAAUGUGGGUGUACAAUUAGAAAAACCUACAGGCUUCCACGUGCUUGUAUACUUUCUAAAAAGAUGAAGUUGAAUUCCCCGAUACGCAUGGAUGAAGUAAUUGAUCAUUGGAAAAAGCUCUGUUUUGAUGAUUUCGAACCGACAAAGGAGGGUGAAUCCAAUAUUACCAUCUCCGACGAAACAAUUGCGAAAAAUUGCAUUUUCGGGGACCACCGAUUGGAAAACGCCAUCUCAACCGUUACAACCAAAGGUGCGCCUAAAAAGCCGAAAACUACCCAAGAUGAAACAUCAACUAAACGAGAUCCUUCUUACAUUGAACAUGUUGAUGCGUUGAUCCCGGAUUCACUCACACCAAAAUCCAAGGGUAGUGCUAACAAAGGAGCACUUGAUGUGGGUACCGAAGGUAAUUAUGGAUAUCGGGCCGUUGCCGGUUUGCUUGGAAAAGGAGAAGAAAAUCACACUCUUAUUCGACGGGCACUUAUAUCGGAGUUGACUUUGCAUAGGGACAUCUACGGCCGCCUUUAUGAGAAACAAUAA